AUGAAGCUCCUUGUAGCUCUCUCCACACUCCUUAUCUUGCCCGUGACUGUCUCUGCAGGUUGGGGAUGGACCGAUGACGGCAAAGACUAUGUCAUCGAUACGAACGCGAACCUCAUCGUUAAGGUCAGCAAAACUAACGGCGACAUGACAUCGAUUCAGUAUCGCGGCGUCGAGUACAACGGCCAGUCCGGCAGGAACUCGCACAUUGAGUCUGGCCUUGGUGCUUCUACCGUCACUAUCAAACAGUACACCAGCCCAGCGAACAUCAUCAAAGUCAACGUCAAGUUCGGCACGUUGAAACAUGAUCUAGUCUUCCGCUACUCCAAUCCCAAUGUUUACAUCUUCAUGAACAAGGUGGACACUAGCGUCACUGUCUCGCGGUACAUCCUUCGCAUUCCGGCCGGCGUAUUCGGUAACAACGAGAACACGGAUACAGACUGGAUUCCCAAUAAUGCACCAGCGAUUGAAGCAGGCGACAUCAAUGCCGUCAACAAGAAGAGCUGGUCUAAACACUACUCCGGACUCAAGUAUGGUAGGAUCAUGGAUCAUGACUACGUCGGACUUACGAACAAGAAUGUCGGGAUGUACAUGAUUAGGUCUAACCACGAGAAGGCCUCUGGUGGACCGUUUUUCAGGAGCUUGGUCAGACGUGGUGGAUCGGGCGGUGUUGAUCUCUACGACAUCUAUCAUUACAACAUGGGCCAUACUGACGUUAUGCGCUUCGGUCUCCAAGGUCCCAGCGUUUUGCAUUUCACUGACGGUGGUGCCGCGCCGAAUGCAAACUUGUUCGCCCGCAGAGCGGACUGGAGCUGGAUGGACACUUUGGGUAUCGAAGGCUGGGUUCCCACUAGCAAACGUGGCGCCGUUGUUGGUGUCGGUAUUAACAACAUGAAAGACGGUUACCAAUACGUUGUGGGGCUGAAGAAUGCUCAAGGUCAGUAUUGGGCCACAGCAACUGGGGCUUGGAGGAUCGAAAACGUGCUACCUGGAACGUAUACUUUGAAUGUGUACAAGGGUGAACUUGAAGUUCAUACUAGCACCGUGACCAUCACUGCUGGCGGCACUGUUACAAAGAAUACCAUCACCUGCGCUGAUCCCGCUGACACUACCGCUAUUUGGCGCAUUGGUGAAUGGGACGGCACACCCAAAGGCUUCUUGAAUUUCCAAGACUCACCCAUGAAGCCAACAUACAUGCACCCCUCUGAUUCGCGUCUCGCUAGCUGGGACGCCGGCAACUACAUCGUUGGCACGUCCAAUGCGGGCAACUUUCCCGGUUACAUCUGGAAGGAAAUCAACGACGAGCAUCUUGUGUACUUCCGCUUGACCGACGCACAGCUUGCUCAGUCCCUCAAGGUCCGAGUCGGUGUGACUGAGGGUCUUGCAGGAGGCCGGCCCAAUAUUGCCGUGAACACUUGGACAGCAACGCUGCAGUCGGACAAGGGACAGGGUGAUACUCGCUCUUUGACAGUUGGGACGUACCGUGGAAAUAACCACAUCUACGAGUUCACCGUGCCGGCUAGUGCUUGGAUCAAGAGUUCCAGAGAGUACCAGAUCUUGAAGAUCAGCAUAGUUUCUGGCAAAACAGGAGCAGGAUUUUUGAGCCCCGGUAUCAGUGUCGAUGCUAUUGACAUGAUCAUUGCUUAG